AUGGUGACCCCCAGGCACUCGGCCGAUGAGGGCGGCGGAGGCGGAGGAGGAGGAGGAGGAGGAGGAGGAGGAGGAGGCGGAGGAGGAGGAGGAGGAGGAGGAGGAGGCGGAGGAGGAAAUGGGGGCGCUCCCGGGGGUCUCCCCGCUCCCCCCGGUUCUCUCCCAACCCCGGAACCCCCCGAGCUGGAAGCGGCGUUCCGGCGUUUGCGUUGCCAGCGGGUGCUGGCUCGGCGCGACGGCGUUUUCCGCCCGGCCGUGGUGAAGCAGCUGCGGCGCGGCGGCCACGAGCUGGGCGUGCAGUUCGCCGGCGACCGCGCCGUCACCUUCCUGGAGGGCGGCUUCCUGCUCGGAGACCCCCCGGCCGUGGUGUUGGACGCGACCCCACCGGCCGGAGCGCUGGGAGUGGGCACGGCCGUGUGCGCCCGCCUGGACCCGGCCGAGACGCUCUACCGGCCGGGCACCGUGGUGGAGGUGAGCGCCAAGCCGCCCUCGUACCGGGUGCGCUUCGCGCCGCCGCCGCCCGCGCCGCCCGUGUGGGUGCCGCGCUCAGGGUUGAGGUUGCUGAGACCCCCGUGGCCCCCCGAGCUCCACAACGACGAUGAGGAGGAUGAUGAAGGCGCCCCGCGGCAACCGGAGGACGCGGAGGUUUCCAAGCUGAGCGCUGCGCCCCAAAUACAACAACAACAACAACAGCAACAACAACAACAGCAGCCCCCCACCCCUCAGCGGGCAGCGGGACCCCCGACCCAACCCGGCGGGACCCCCCAGCCCAAGUACAAGAAGGGCGACGUGGUUUGCACGCCCAACGGCAUCCGCAAGAAGUUCAACGGGAAGCAAUGGCGGCGCCUGUGCUCCCGCGACGGCUGCACCAAGGAGUCGCAGCGCCGCGGCUUCUGCUCCCGACACCUCUCCAUGCGCACCAAGGAGCUCGAGGGGCUGCCCGACCCCCGCCCGGGCCCGCCGGGACCCCCGAGCCAACGCGGCGGCAGCGCUGAUUUCGAAUGGGGCGGCGACGAAACGUCCCGGGAGAGCGAAGGGGACGCUCGGGCUCGCCCGGGGCCGCCCAACCCGGACCUGUCGCGCUUCGAGUUCGACGAGUGCGAGGCCGCCGUGAUGCUCGUGUCGCUGGGCUCGUCGCGCUCGGGCACGCCGAGCUUCUCGCCGGCCUCCACGCAGUCCCCGUUCUCGCCCACGCCGUCGCCGUCGCCGUCGCCGCUCUUCGGGUUCCGCCCCGCCAAUUUCAGCCCGGUCACGGCCUCGCCUCGGGCCCGUGGGCGCCACCUGAGCUCGGGCACCCCCCGGCCUGGGGAGGGGUUGAGCCCCCCGCCCCCUCCCCCCCCACCGCCGCCCCCUCCUCCUCCUCCUCCUCCUCGGCCCCGCCCACCCUCGGGGGUCCCGCCCGUUUUCCAGCCCGGUUUGCCGUUCCCGGUGCCGCUGAGCCCCGGCAAGCGCAAAGCGGAGACAGCGGCCAUAGGGGAGGGGGGCGAUGGGGGCGGUCCCGGUGCGGCGGGGGGCGGGGCGGGGGGCGGGGCGAUGUUCCGCGCGCUCUCGCCGUUAUUCGCGCCCCGCUCCCCCGCCGGGCUCACGGCCGACCCCGGCCCCGGUGCCCGCCGGGUCCCUCCGGUACCGCGGGGCUCCCCCGUCAUCGUCCGCAACCCCGAGGUGCCGCUCCCGGAGCCGCCCCUCCCUCCGCGGCCCCGCCCCCUGGGGCCGCCCCCUCCCCAAAAAGCGCCGCCCCACCACCCCCCGCCUCCCCCUUUGGCCGCGCCGGUGCCAAUCAACGCCGGCAGGCUCCGCCCCUCUGCCGGCUCGGCCCCGCCCCCUCCCGAGCGCGGCGCCCCCCCCGCGCCGUUCGGGGCGCCCCCCCCCCCGCUGCAGCCCGUGCCCUUCCACCCCUCCCCCGCCGCGCUGCUGCCGCUGCUCGUGCCCGGAGAGUUCGGGAGCCCCCCCCAGCAGCAGGGACCCCCCCGCAAGGAGAUCGUCAUGGGCCGGCCCGGCACAGUGUGGACCAACGUGGAGCCGCGUUCGGUGCCCGUGUUCCCCUGGCACUCGCUGGUUCCCUUCCUGGCCCCCAGCCAGCCCGACGCCCCCCCGCACCCCCCGGCCGGGCUGCAGCCCGUGAGCCACCUGAGCCACCUGGGGCACCCCGGGCACCCGCCCGCGGCUGCGCCCGGAAAAGAGCCGCCCGAGUCGCUGGCGGUGGCGCCCGAGCCGGGGGGGCGGGGCCAGGAGCCCGGGCGCUGCGGGGGGGCCACGCGCCCGCCCAGCCCCCCCCCCGCCGCCCCCCCGGCCCCGCCCCCCGCGGCCACGGCCCCGCCCACCGAGGAGGAACCGCCCGGGGGGGGCACCCGGCCCGACAGCGAGACCGAGAGCGACCACGAUGACGCGUUCCUGUCGUCCAUCGUGGCCCCGGAGCUGCCGCUGCCGCUGGGGCCGGGCAAGCGCCGCACGCAGUCGCUGAGCGCGCUGCCCAAGGAGGGCGACAAGGACGGCCGCAGCCCCAGCAAGCGGGAGAAGGACCACAUCCGGCGUCCCAUGAACGCCUUCAUGAUCUUCAGCAAGCGGCACCGGGCGCUGGUGCACCAGCGGCACCCGAACCAGGACAACCGCACGGUCAGCAAGAUCCUGGGCGAGUGGUGGUACGCGCUGGGGCCCAGGGAGAAGCAGCAGUACCACGACCUGGCCUUCCAGGUGAAGGAGGCUCACUUCAAAGCGCACCCGGACUGGAAAUGGUGCAACAAAGACCGCAAGAAAUCCAGCUCGGACGGGGGGAGGGGCCCGGGGGGGGUCCCCAAAGAGCCCCGAGAACGCAGCGCCUCCGAGAGCGGCCCCCCGGCCCCGCCCCCAGGUGGCGCCGACCCCUCCCCCCCCGAGGCCAAGGGGGCGGGGCCCGCGGAGCCGAGGGGCGGGGCCGGAGGAGGGGGCGUGGCCGGAGGAGGGGCGGGGCCGCCCCGCCCCCGCGCCUUCUCCCACAGCGGCGUGGGGGGAGGGGCCGAGCCCCGGGGGGCGCCCCUGAGCGAGCUCAGCCAGCUCUGUUCAGGCCCCGCCCCCUUCGCCGCCACGCCCAAGGCAGGGGGCGGGGCCGUGCCCUCGUUCCCGCCCCUCCCCCCCGCGCGCUCGGGGGCCCCGCCCCGCCCCCCCCGGGCCCUGCCCCGCCCCCCCCGCGCGCAGAGCGAGGAGAUGACGAGCGACGAGGAGCGGAUGGUGAUCUGCGAGGAGGAGGGCGACGAUGACGUCAUCGACGAUGGUUUCGCCCCUCCCCCGCCCGACAUCGACCUCAAGUGCAAAGAGAGAGUGAGCGACAGCGAGAGCGAGGGGGAGGGGCAGCAGGCCCCGCCCCGCCGCCCGUUCCCGCCGGGGCCGCCCCGCCCCCCCCCGGAGCUGGAGCCGCCCCCGGGCCCCCCCGAGCCCCCCCCGGGCCCCGCCCCCACCCCUUACAAAGCCACGCCCCUCCCCCCGCGCGGCCCCGCCCCUCUCCCCCCACGCCGCAAACGGGCCGAGAGCGCCGAGGGGGGGAUGGGCGGGGCCUCGGUGGGGGGCGGGACCUCGGGAGGGGGCGGGGCCGCAGGGGGAGGCAGCUCCGCCCCUCCCCCCCCGCUGCGCCCCGGCCCCGCCCCCAGCAAGGCCCCGCUGGGGGGGGCGGGGGCGGGGCCUGGGGGAGGGGUCGUGGCCAAUCUGGUGCUGGGGGGAGGGGCGGGGGCGGGGCCGGGCCCCCCUCCCCCCCCUUCACUGGCGCUGCUCCCCUCCCCCCACCCGCCCAUCCCCCCCCGCCCCGCCCCCAGCGCCCCCCCGGCCCCGCCCAACCCCCCCCAGGGCCCCCCCAACCCCCCCCUGCACUUCGCCCUGCCCCCGCCCCAGAACGGAAAGGCCCCGCCCACUUCCGGGGGAGGCGCCGGAGGCUCCGCCCCCAAAGCCCAGCCCUCCCCCCCGGGCCAGGCCCCGCCCCCUUCCCCGCUACUUCCGGGAAAGGUUUUGGUUCCGGUGGCCCCGCCCGGCCCCGCCCUGACGCCCUUCGGGACCCCCGGAGCGGCCCCGCCCCCUGGCAAGAUCAUCCAGCUCAGCCCCGUGCCCCUGGUGCCCCCCCCGGGCAGCCCCGUGGGCGUGGGCGUGGGGGGCGGGGCCGGCGCUGGCCCCGCCCCUCCCCCCAAGGUGCUGCUGCCCCCCGCCCGCAUCGCCUACGUGCACCCGGCCCCGCCCCCGCCCGCGCAGGCCCCGCCCCCCGUGCUGGGGUUCACGGCCCUGCUGCAGGGGCAGGGCUCCCUGCUCGGCCCCGCCCCCGUGGGGGUCUCGGCCCUGCCCCCCCCCCAGCUGCCCCCCCCCAGCUCGGGGGGUCCCGUCCUGGCCGCCAUUUACCCGGGAGGCCCCGCCCCCGGCCCCGCCCCUGCGCCCGGAUUGGUCUACAGUGUGGCUGGCUCCGCCCCCCCGGGCCCGGCCCCGCCCAUCCUGCCCAAGGCCGGCCCCGCCCCCACCCUGGCGGCUGCAGCCGCCCCGCCCUUCCCCCCCCGCGCCCCCCGCCCCUCCCCCAAGCCCCCCCAGAAGGUCAAGGCCGCCCUGGCCACGAUCCCGGUGGGGGGAGGGGAGGCCCCGCCCCCGCCCCGCCCCCCGCCGGACCCGCCCCGCCCCCCUCCGGCAGAGCCCGCCCCUCCCCCCGGCCCCGCCCCCUGCUCCUCCCCUCCCCCCGCCCCGCCCUCCCCCGCUCCUCCCCCCGCCGGCGACUGGGACGCUGCGGCCCCGCCCCCCGCCGAGGCCCCGCCCCCCUGCCCCUCCCCCCGCGCCGAGGCCUGGAGCCAGCGGGAGCCGGUGGGGGAGGGGCCGCCGAGCCCCGCCCCCCCCGACGCGGCCGAGCGCUGGGCCCCGCCCUCCACCGAGGCCACGCCCUCCGCCGGCACCUCAGGCUCCGCCCCAUCCCCUCCUGGCCCCGCCCCCGAGGGGCCUCCCCGCGCGGCCCCGCCCCCUCCGGCCCCGCCUCCUGCCGAGGGUGGGGCCAAGAAGGCAAAGCUCCGCCCCCCGCCCCUGAAAAAAACUUUCGACUCUGUGGACAGGGUCCUUUCGGAGGUGGAUUUCGAGGAGCGCUUCGCGGAGCUGCCCGAGUUCCGGCCCGAGGAGGUUCUCCCCUCCCCCACCCUGCAGGCCUUGGCCACCUCCCCCCGCACCAUCCUGGGCAGUUACCGCAAAAAGCGCAAGAACUCCACAGACCUGGACCCCAUUGGUGACGACCCCUCCUCGCCCAAGCGGAAGCUGCGGCGCCGCUCCAGCUGCGGCUCCGAGCCCUCGACCCCCAAGAGCGCCAAGGGCGGGGAGGGGGAGGGGCCGGGCGAGAUCUUCACCUUCGACCGACAAGGCGGGGAGGGCGAGGACGUGCUGGGCGAGCUCGAGUACGACAAGGUGCCGUUCUCGUCCCUGCGGCGAACGCUGGACCAGCGCCGCGCCCUCGUCAUGCAGCUCUUCCAGGAGCACGGCUUCUUCCCCUCGGCCCAGGCCACGGCCGCGUUCCAGGCUCGUUUCUCCGACAUUUUCCCCACCAAGCUCUGCCUGCAGCUCAAGAUCCGCGAGGUUCGCCAGAAGAUCAUGCAGGCGGCCACGCCCACCGAGCCGGCCCCGCCCACCGAGCCCGACGGCGCCGCCCCUUCCGCCAGCGAGGCCACGCCCCCUCAGCCCCCACCACCGCCCCCUCCUCCUCCUCCGCCUCAAACCACGCCCCUUUCGGCCUCCUCCAACCCCGCCCCCUCCGCGUCUGACCCCGCCCCCUCAACCGAGGCCACGCCCCCCUCGCCUCCCUCGGCCGUGCGCUGAUCCAUUCCAUGGCCACGCCCCCUUUUGGUCGGUGGCUCCGCCUCCUUUCUCUUUUUUUUUUUGUUGUUGGUCACGUGACCUGGAUCUUUUAAACAACGGGAGAAUCUUUGGA